AGCUCGGGCAACGGACGCCGUUAACAAUUAUCGCGGUACAUCCUGAGCAAAUGAAUCGAAUCUACUCCAACCGCGUUUACUCGUCGGCGACAAGUCCGCGCGCGCCGUUCGCUCUUCCUCUCCGAUGCGUUUUCUUCGACACGGUCAGUUUUACUCGGAACUGGGGAGAGGAUCGCGGUUCCUGUACGCGGACCGUUAUGUCGAUCUUAACCGUGAUGCUGAUCUUCGCGUUAGUUUUCGCCGGUUUCGCCGGUUUCGCCGAAGAAAAGCAACCGCGUUCGCCGAACGGACCACGAGACCACCAAGAAUACGCGGAGCAAUGUCGCGUCACGAACCUGUGGAAGGUGCAAUUGGGCUAUGUGAACGUGAUCGCGUUUUUCGACCCUUCCUGGCAUUACAGCUACAGGCAAGCUAUCAUGUUCGAGUUACUGAAUAAACGAUUAGAAAAAUCCGGCUUCACCGGUAUUUUAUUCUUCGUUGUGACGCCAUCGUCGAGCUUACCGGAAACCAGCAUGGAGAACGAUGUAGAGGCGAGAACGUGGAAGGAGAUAUCGAAAAAUAUGCUAGAACAAGAAUACAUUUGGGGCACCGAGGAAUCGCAAUUUUACAAGCUCGCGAAAAACAAUGAGAAACGACUCGUUUUCUUUCGGGAUACGCCCGAGUUAGGUAUAAUGGAGCACUUCCGUGCUUCGAGAGACGAGGUGGUGGUCCUUGAUCGAUGUGGCAAGCUAACUUAUCAUGUAAUUAUACCAUGGAGUAUAUUAUAUUUCCCGUACGUGAAAGCAGCUAUUCUCUCCACGUAUAAGGAGGACCCUUGUGGUCCAUGCAUCGAACAACCGUUGCCAAUGUACCAGCCAAUCGAGUACGAGGGAUAUAAUUUUCAAGUGAACUCGAAUUCGAAGGGAACAGAGAAAGUUCUUGAUGUGUACGCAGGACAGGCUUCCGAUAACUUCCAGUCGAAGAAUAUCGCGACCUUUUCGAAAGAAAAUGAAAAUCACGAGGACACGGAUGUUCCUACUAUGAAAACAGAUCUAGAAAAUCUACUAUCGGAUACAGAUAACAGAGAAGACAAUGAGAAUUCUCUCGUUAACGGUAACAUCGCAUCAACCGCAGAAGUCUCGGUAGGGCAGACGCAAACUGAAAUUCUCCCUACGAUCUCGGACUAUAAAGGAAAUCCGAAUAACGACUUCUUCAAGAAACAGGAGGGCGUAAAUGAUGAUAAUUCGUUAUUUACAAUUAUCAGCGCACCUGCCGAUGAAACCAAUUCAAAUUAUAAAGAAUAUCAAAGUAUAAGGAAAGAUGACGGAGCAGGUACUGUGAAUACCGAGAGCGCGAAAUCGCAAGUUAGCAAAGAAACUGAGGAUUUACCUUUAUGCAUCAUAUUAUAUUCACCGCACACGCACCAGGAAAACCAGACAUUGAAACAGUACACUCACUUGAUUCUGAAAACAGGAAAUUCGGAUUACCAUGAUCACUUCGAUAGUAGAAAUGGAGUUUACGAUCAACAGAAACCAAUAGCGCCGGAUAACUUAGAUCCAACGACAGUAGAAAAUAAAAGAUUCACCAGUGAUAUAAACGAAAGUCCGGGAAUAUACGGAGAAGUAGCAUAUUACUGGAGAACAACCGAAGACGAUGAAUUUAGCAAUCAAGACGACAACAUGGAACUUUUAGAAUUCGAUGAUGCUACGAUGGAAGGCGCAGAGACCAAAACCGAUGACACUUUCGACAAUGAAAGCGGGACACUAAUGCAAUCCGCUGGCGCGGAUGCAACGGACGCGGACACAAAUAAUAAAAUUAACGAAGAUUCGGAAGAACUCGUGCAGCGUAGAUUAAUUGAACAUUAUAAUAAACUAGUGCCGUGGAUCCAUUACAUUAUUUAACAGAUAAACUGCAUUUAUUUAAUAAAUGUAUAUUAUUCAGUGAGUAAUGUACACACUGCGUGUGUUUACAUGGUCAACGAUGAUACUAUUGUAAUAUAAACACGAAAGAGAUUCUCAUCCUGAGUUUAUACAUCCUGACAAACACGAAUGUUAUUUGAAACAACACUGCAAGUUUCCAAAGAAUUACUUCUAUUUGCAAAGUCGUAUUCCCGUAACUCUUAUAAAUAUUAUCAUAAAUCGUCUACAUACAUCACUAGUAUGCAUUUAUGAACACAUAAGGUAUACAAUAGUGACAUAUUUAUACAUUUAUGUAAAUAAAAACGUUUUAAAGACAUUACAUUUAAACGUUUAUUCGGGUUCACUUGCGUCGUCAGAAUCUAAACUGCUACUAUUACUUGUGGUAGAGGUGCUUGAAGUACUGCUGUCCGAGU